AUGGAUCCAGGAUUUGAUCCAUUCCAGCGCUCGAAGGAGUCUGGUCUUGGGUUUGGGCAGAGCCAAGUGGCGGAGCGCAGCGCGUGCGUGCGGUCAGCGAGCAAGGACCGUGGCCAUGCACACCACUUCGGACAGCCGCCCAAGCCCUUCCUCUCCCCGCCUGCCUUUGUCUUCUCUGGCGAAGAUGAGUAUUUUAGGACGCGGCAGGAAGUGAAAGCUCGGGAACAGUCCAUGGGCUUUGAUCACGCCUGCACUGUUAAAUCCAGCAAGAAUGAGAGGCUGGCCAACACUAUCAUCCAGGCGCUGAAGCAGCUGGACAAUGAGAGGGUCUAUCGGCCUGCCGAACCCCGGGUGGGCUUCGGCGGACAACGUCACGCCCGGGUUGCUGGCGACCACUUCUUGUCAAACGUCGACCUAAUAGACCAAACGGAUCUUUUCCGCGUCGCCCAGAAGAUGCCUAAGGGUGCACAUCUCCACAUCCACUUCAACGCCUGUCUGCUUCCCAACGUCCUAUUAGAGAUCGCCAAGACCAUGGAUCAUCCAGUUCUCUCUUUACGGCCAGAGCAGGAACGGCCCGGAAACUUGUUCACGAGCGCGUACGAAUCAAGGCAGACCAUGCGCUUCCAAGAGUUCCUGAGCACAUUCGCCUCCAACUAUCCUCACGCGAGUGUAGAUGACUGGUUUAAGAGCAAGAUCGUGUUUGAUGAGGAGGAGGCGCACAACCAUCUUCAGACCUGCGCAGGGAUCUGGCAAAAGUUCAAUGGGAGGACGCGCCUCAUGAAGGGACUCUUUAAUUAUGAACGUGCGUAUCGCACAUAUACGCGGCUUCUCCUGGAGGACUUUGUUCGAGACAACAUCCAAUACGCCGAGAUUAGGCCAAACUUUAUGGAAACGAACCAGCUCGUCACGGAUGAUGCGAGCCGCAACAUUGAUAACUAUGGGAUAAUGGAAAUCAUCAUCGAUGAGUACCACAAGUUCCAGGCCCAGACCAAGGAUUACUUUGGGGGCUCAAGAUCAUCUACUACCUUUGUCCCCGAGUUCCUUGAAUUUCGGGCGCAGUGUGAGCGGGAGAAUCUCGAUAUUCCAUUCCUCUUCCACUGUGGAGAGACGCUCGACAUCGGCACGGAUAUAGACGGAAAUCUCGUGGAUGCCCUGUUACUCAAUGCGAAACGAAUCGGACACGGGUUUGCCCUAGCACGGCACCCCUACAUCAUGGAACAGAUGAAGCAGCGAGGGGUUUGCCUCGAGCUUUGCCCCAUCUCGAACGAAAUCCUAGGCCUUGCGCCACGGGUUAACGGCCACGCAAUGUACACACUUCUCGCGAACAAUGUCCCCUGCACCGUGAGUUCCGAUAAUGGAACUUUGUUCCGGUCGACGUUGUCCCAUGAUUUCUACCAAGUUAUGAUUGGAAGGGCAGACAUGACGCUGCACGGCUGGCGGCAACUCGUUGAGUGGAGUCUGCAGCACUCCUGCAUGUCCACUGAGGAGCGACAAGGUGUCUGGAGGAAAUGGGAGGUGAUGUGGGACGAAUUCCUCGGUUGGAUCAUUGCCGAAUAUGGUAGUGCCACGGCGGCGUAG